CGCCCCGCCGCCCCUCCGCCACUCAAACUCAGUGAUGAAGCUGGAACGAGUUGAACUAUUGGCGCACACUCCCCUCACACCGCACACCUCCGCUACCAACUUUACUUCACCUGCCAGACUAUUGACCAACAUUUCAGAUCUGCAAAAUUACCAAAAAAGAAAACCGAGGACGGCAAAUUUCUCUCGUGAAGAAGAUGUUUGUAUCGUCUCGGCAUGGUUAAGUACAAGUAAAUCUUCUGGAUUUUGGCAGAGGAUUCAUGAUAAAUUCAUAAUUGAAUUUGGUCAAGGAGGACGUACGGAAUUCAGCCUAACUAGUCGUUGGGGAGUUAUUAAUGCCCAAUGCGCGAAGUUCAUUACCUAUCUUAAUCAAAUCAACAACGAGCAUCGAUCCGAUCAAACGACUCAUGACAGUGUGGAAAGAGCAGGAGCAUUGUAUGCCGCCGACAAUAGUAGACAACAAUUUAAAUUUGAGCAUUGUUUCGAUCUUCUAAAGUAUGAGAAGAAAUGGCUCGACACUGUGGAAAAAAAUAUGCAAAGAAAUAAAUCUUUUGUCUACAAUGGUGUUCAAAUCUCUUCAGAAGAAAAUAGCGAACCUUCUUCUAAUAAAGACCAAACCGAAGGUAAAAAAACGUCAAGAAGACAACCUAAGAGGAAACAGAGAAGUCCAUGUAUAAUGUCUCUCACACACGAGCGUUGGAAAAUAAAGAUGGCAAUUGAGCGCGUAAGAUUUGCGCAGGAACGUAAGAGACUCAUAGUAGCAUAUGAAAAUGCGAUUGCUAGACGCGACUUGAAAAACGCAGACGCAGUUUUGAUAAGGAGUGUAGAGAGAUGGAUAUUUUGUACAUCUGUGUACUAG